CAACAGGAAUACAAGCAACAUGAGCGGAAGAGGUAAAACCGGUGGCAAAGCCAGAGCUAAGGCUAAGACUCGCUCAUCAAGGGCUGGUCUUCAGUUUCCCGUCGGCCGUGUCCACAGGCUGCUCCGCAAGGGUAACUAUGCCGAGCGCGUGGGUGCCGGUGCUCCGGUGUACUUGGCCGCUGUGCUCGAGUAUCUGACCGCUGAGAUCCUGGAGUUGGCCGGAAACGCCGCUCGGGACAACAAGAAGACCCGUAUUAUCCCCCGUCACCUGCAGCUGGCGGUGCGCAACGACGAGGAGCUGAACAAGCUUCUGGGUGGAGUGACCAUCGCUCAGGGCGGUGUGCUGCCCAACAUCCAGGCCGUGCUGCUGCCUAAGAAGACCGAGAAGGCUGCCAAAGGCAAAUAAUGCGCUAUAGUAUAAUGAUAAGCCUGCUAAACCCAAAGGCUCUUUUCAGAGCCACCAACUUUCUCUUUGAAAGAGUAAAUACUUUAAUCACGCAUUAACAGUAUGUCGAGACAAGUAGGCCAAUUUACCCAAAAAUAUCAAAAGCGUUUUCAAAAUCAACCAAGUCUUCCGUGACUCGUAAAUUCAAAUCUUUUUCUUAAUAUAAGUUGCUGUUUUUAUCCUGUUUUCUUUUCGUAAAGGUUUUUGUUGCAAAGAACUGCAUAUAAUCAAAGAUCACCUGUGUUUUUUUUACUGUUGAUCAGUUGACCACUUCUGUGCAAAAGGCUUCUAGCCUAUAUAUGAAGUCUUAUGGAGUAAAGUUGAGUGAUGCGUGAGCAUAAAUUCAAUAUUUAAAUUGUUCUG